UUCCAUCUCGCGGUUUCCCACCCGCACGUGAGCUAGACGUAGUAAAAAAAAAAAAAAAAGUUUCCUCGACUGCCAUGCCGUAGUUUGUUUGUAAUGAGUCACAGGGCACAACAUAUUAGUCACAUACAAUGAAUAAAUAUCGGCAGUAGUGCGGGAGUUGGUUAUUCGUGAAGAUUCACGCAUUUACUCGCAUCAGCGAAGAUGUUUUUGUUGUACGUUGCGGUCUUCCUCACCGUUCUCUCAACCGUGCCAUGCUCUAGCCAGCAGUCGGCUCCCACGUACCCCUGGGAGGACGCAGAGACUAGGGAGGCGGUAACUUGUGAAAAGUGUCCCCCAGGGACGUACGUGGGCUCCCACUGCUCGAAGCAUCAACGCACCGUGUGUCGCCCCUGCGCUGAGUCUCAGUACACUGAGUACUGGAACUACGUAGAGGAGUGCCUGCUGUGUGACUAUCCUUGCUCUGAGGUCCAGGAGGAAGUUCAUGGCUGUAACGGAACACACAACCGUGUGUGCCGCUGUAAGGAGGGCUACUACAACACGCUGGACUUCUGCCUCAAGCAUUCCGUCUGCUCGCCAGGGAAAGGAGUGAAAGUAGCAGGAACGGGGGAGCGUGACGUGGAGUGUGCGCGGUGUGAGGACGGCUUCUUCUCCAACGUGUCGUCCAGCGUGGCGGAGUGUCGGCCGCAUGCGGUGUGUGCUGCCCACCAGACGGCCGUGCCCGGCACACACACACACGACACCUUCUGCUCCACAUGCACCUCCAACGGCCUCCACCACCAGCACGAGCACGACGCUAGAGUGUGUAGGCAGGAGGCGGUGCGGUUGGUUCUAGCGCGGCUGAGCUCGGAGCGCCAGAACCAGAAGCUGCUGCGGCACCUGAGGCGGGGGAACCGCAGGGGAACCUCCACUCCGGCGCUAGCGGAACUCCUGGACCUGCUGGUGGUGCAGGACGGCCAGGCGGGCCUGAAGGUUCUACUGGAGAACCUAGAACGCGCCCGGCUCGACCAGUUACGGGACACCGUCAGCGAUUGGUUCUCACCUUAGUCUGUGUGUGUGUGUGUGUGUGUGUGUGUGUGUGUGUGUGUGUGUGUUAAUAUCUGUGUGUUUUCCUCUUUCAGAUGUUAAAGUGUGUAGGCAGGAGAUGUGUGUGUGUGUGUGUGUGUGUGUGUGUGUGUGUGUGUGUGUGUGUGUGUGUGUGUGUGUGUGUGUGUUUGUGUGUGUGCCGGGAACAUU